AUGGAAAGCAUCAUCAUGCAGCUGCAAGGCCAAACAGAGGCACACGCUCAAGACAUCAGGACUUUGAGGACCAAACUGCAGUCAAUACAGCUGAACAUCAAGGAUCAACUGAUGGAUGUCUAUAUCAAUGAAGAGGGACCAUCAGGUUAUCCUCACAAAAGGAAGAGUUUGGAAAACAGUACAGAAAGUAUUUAUGAAAAUGUGAUGAUCCACAGUCUGGAGCCAAACAGAACUGGACCUGCACUCUCAGGUGCUGCAGAUGUGAAGAAGAGCCCCUGCAGAGCUGCUGCAGUGUGUCUGAGUCUGCUGUGUCUUCUCCUUCUGACUGGACUCAUAACUCUGGUUUGCCUGUUCACCAAAAGCAACUCUGAGUGGAAAAUGGAGUUGGUCCUGGUUCACAACAGUAACAACAACCUGACUAUGGAGAGAGACCAGUUACAGACCAGUUACAACAUCCUGACUAAAGAUAGAGACCAGUUACAGACCAGUUACAGCAUCCUGGCUGACGAACGUGACCGGCUCCAUAAAGGAGCUGAAGACAUGACCAAAAAGAUAAAUGAUCUUCAUAGAAAGCUUCAAGAUCACUAUCCCCAACAAGGAUGGACAUAUUUCAGAGGUAGUUUAUAUUACAUUUCUUCUACGACGGCACCCUGGCAACAAAGCAGAAGUGACUGUCAGCAAAGAGGUGCAGACCUGGUGAUUAUUAACAGCAAAGAAGAACAGGAAUUCGUAAGGCGUUUCCAAAAGGUCCUGUGGAUUGGACUGACUGACACAGAGACAGAGGGGAGAUGGAAAUGGGUGGAUGGGACUCCGCUGACUACCAGCUACUGGGCCCCUCAUGAGCCAAAUGGAAAUCAUUUUGGCAGAGAUGAAGACUGUGCAGAAAUAAUGAAUUAUAAUUUGGUAAACGGCUGGAAUGAUGACUUUUGUUACCAGCGAAAAUCAUGGAUCUGUGAGAAGACAUGGCCUGUAGGUAGUUUAUAUUACAUUUCUUCUACGACGGCACCCUGGCAACAAAGCAGAAGUGACUGUCAGCAAAGAGGUGCAGACCUGGUGAUUAUUAACAGCAAAGAAGAACAGGAAUUCGUAAGGCGUUUCCAAAAGGUCCUGUGGAUUGGACUGACUGACACAGAGACAGAGGGGAGAUGGAAAUGGGUGGAUGGGACUCCGCUGACUACCAGGUUGUCAGAGAUCAGCUGUGUUUCUCUAGCUUCAGCUUUGAAGUCCAACCCCUCCCAUCUGAGAGAGCUGGAGCUGAGUGACAACGACCUGUUUGAUUCAGGAGUGAAGCUGCUGUGUGGUUUUCUGGAGAGACCAUUCUGUAGACUGGAGACUCUGAGGUCAAUUCACUGA